GUUGAAACGAGAAGAAUAGAGAGAAGCAGUUCUCUUUGCACAGCAUCAUGCGAGCGGAUUGGGAUUGUGAUUUUCUUUUUGGUCUUGCUAGAUUUUUCCACUUGAGAGAAUUUUUAUCGAACGGAGCGUUUGCACAUGCACUACUCAGUGAGAUGAGUUGCUUUUGACGAGAGAUGAAUUGAGUGACAACCACAUGGGGUGGUCCACCUAACAGGUGGUCGGUACGUUUUUACUUGACUCUGGUGUCGGUACGUUUUUACUCAGGAUAAAGCGUUUGAGACACUAUAACUCGCCGAUGGAUCCGGAGAGGCUUUGGGUACAUCUGAAAGACGAAUACAAAUUCCAGGUUGCCGCACUGUAUCAAAUGCAAAUAUGUCUGGGUCUGGAAGUAGAUCCCGAGAUUUGUCAUGCAGUUUAUCCAAGCUCCAUCAAGCCUGGAAUGCAGGUUCUAGGAUCACAGGAUCUGCAGCCCCUUGGUGAUGCCUGCUCUGCAUGAGAAAUGCCCUCGCAGCAUGGCCAGAAAUGGGCACCUUUUGCAAGUGUCGCAACACAGAUUUUUGUGCGAUCCGCAACAUGCAUCACAAGUUCGCAUCCUUCCAGACCGAGAGAUAUUUGCAAUGCAUACGCUGUAUGACUCUCAGCC